AUGCGAGUGGCCGUCAUAUUUGCUACAUUAGCAGCGAUCCAGCUGGCGGACUGUCAAUCCGAUUUCGAUGGACACGGAGAAUAUAACCUGCCAACAGCAACAAGGAUCAGGCAUUCACAAGACUCAAAUCCCAAUGACAGCCGUCUCUUGAGGCUAGAAAGGCGAUUUGGAGAAUGGAUACUAAAGCGCGAUACCACUACGACUGCAGAUGCCGUUGCAUCAACUACUGCUACUGAGAGUGUGACCUCUGUGACAACGACCAGCAGUUUCGAUACCACGACAACCUCGACCACCUCGACUACCAGUAGCACCAUUUCAACAACCUCUUCAUCAUUUACGACAACUACUGCAGCAACAACGACAGCAUCAACAUCAGCUACAACAUCCAGUACCUCCAGCAGCACCGUCACAUCGUCCUCAUCCGCAUCCACCGCCGCAUCAACCACAACAAGCACAGCAACAACGACAACCUCAACCACCACACCAACCACCACCGAAUCCGCCGAAUUGAAAGAAUGGAACCAUCGCGGCACCAUCGCCGCCAUCGUCACCUUCAGUAUCCUCGGUUCCUUCUUCGUAGGCGCCUGCAUGGCCCGAUGCAUCCACAAUCGGGCCAAGAAACGACGCAUCGAGGCGAGGAAGCAACUCGACAAGGAAUCUUUGGUUUCCAUGUUGCCGCUGGCCCGAGAGAACGGGAAAUCGGCGAGCCAGUUGAAGCUGGAUCGCGAGUCGAUCAUGUUCUGCGACGAGAGGAGGUAUUACCAGGGACAGCCGCGGCCGGAGAGCGUGCCGUCGUUGUCGGGGCAGUCGAAUUGGCAGGGGUCUGUGGCGCAUUCGUCCAUGCCGUCGGAGGAUAUGGGCCGGUCGAUGAGUAGUGGGAGGCAGACGCCAUUGGGUGUGAGGGGGGAGCAGCAUGGGUCAUUGGAGGUGUAA